UGCUACAACUAUAUAAGGAGGAGACUCCACAUGUUUGACAUCUGCAUUGAUUCAUUCAAAGUUGUACUGUAGGAAAUCAUUUACGCAUCUAUAUAAGUUGUUCUACUAACGAAAACGAAAACUAGAGAGAUUGUUAACAGGUCGAUUGAAAUGGAAAUGGAGUCUAAGGCCAACAGGGCUUAUGUCACAUUCUUGGCAGGAAACGGUGACUAUGUGAAAGGGGUGGUUGGUUUAGCUAAGGGUUUGAGGAAGGUGAAAUCCAUGUACCCUCUUGUUGUAGCAGUUUUGCCAGAUGUUCCAGUAGAUCAUUGCAAGAUUUUAGAGUCUCAAGGGUGUAUAGUUCGUGAAAUCGAGCCUGUUUAUCCUCCACCAAACCAUGCUCAAUUUGCCAUGGCAUAUUAUGUCAUAAACUAUUCAAAACUCCGGAUUUGGGAGUUUGUGGAGUAUAGCAAGAUGAUAUACUUGGAUGGAGAUAUCCAAGUUUUCAGCAAUAUUGAUCACCUUUUUGAGUAUCCAGAUGGUUAUUUUUAUGCUGUUAUGGACUGCUUCUGUGAGAAAACAUGGAGUGGAACACCUCAAUACCAGAUAGGUUACUGUCAGCAGUGCCCUGAAAAAGUUGAGUGGCCAUGGGAGAUGGGUCCUCCACCACCAUUGUACUUCAAUGCCGGAAUGUUUGUUUUCGAACCGAGCUUUUUGACUUAUCACAGUCUUUUGGAAACUCUCCAAAUCACUCCUCCUACUUCAUUUGCAGAGCAGGACUUUCUGAACAUGUUCUUUAGGGAGAUAUACCGGCCAAUCCCAUUGGUUUACAACCUUGUUUUAGCUAUGCUUUGGCGACAUCCUGAAAAUGUUGAUCUUGACAAUGUCAAGGUUGUUCACUAUUGUGCAGCAGGAGCAAAACCAUGGAGAUUCACAGGGAAGGAAGAAAACAUGCAAAGAGAAGACAUAAAGAUGCUAGUGAAAAAAUGGUGGGAUAUAUACCGUGAUGAUUCGUUGGAUUGGUGCAAUGAAGACUCUCCUGAGGAAGGAAAAACAUCAGCAGCAAUGGUGCAAGAGGCAAAUGUUGUUCAAUAUGUUAGUGCGCCAUCAGCAGCCUAAUUAUGUUCACUCAGUAGUAUCAGAACAGCUAGCUAAGCUACUAUUUCAACUGUUGUUUGUUAGUUAAUGUCAAAUAACAAUCAAAAGUUGCUACUGCAUCUGUAUGCUUUCAUCUGUACUACCUAGGUUGAGAUUGAUGUUAAUUCUUGACAAUUUGUGGUAAUAACUUUCCUGUUGAAUUCA